CCCACUUACCCUCUCUUUAUAUACCCCCCAGAAGGGACCCAAUUGAGGUUUGCUGUGCGUGAAUCCAGACAUGUCUACCACCGCUGCCUUUCCUUGGGGUGUCCCCGCCUACGACUCUCUGUCCGGUCCUACUUACUUGACCGCUCAGCAGCUCGUCCAGCAGGUUGGCUAUGCCCUUGCUUCCAAGAUUUACUCUUACAGCUCUGAGGGUGAUGACCUCGACACCGCUGUCGCGCAAUGGAACAAGGAGGGUGUCUUGAACGGCUAUGGACGUCUCCCCGUCCUCGCUAAGAUGCAGUCCCGCUCUGGUGCUGGUGCGAUGGUUCUCGGUGACUUCUUCUCCAUUGAGGACUUCAAGCAGAAGUACCCUGCUCCCCACGCUGUCAUCGCGUCCACCCAGACUCUCGCUACCAUGCAGCCCAUUCUUACCCAGCUUGCGCUCCUCUACUCGGCUGCCACACCUUUCGUUGCCCACGUCUCUGCAUCCGACUACUCCGCCGCCAACGCUGCCUUGGUUGCCAACUACGCCAGCGCUCUCUACGCCGCCCAGGAGACCGGUGUCUCUUUGAUCUCCUCUUCUUCCGCUCACGAGAUCCAGCACAUGGCUCUCUUUGCCUCGUUGAUCUCCUCCGUCACUCCCGCCAUCCAUGUCUACGACGGUGUCCGCCUUGCGCGCGAGUCUUGCCAGGUUGUUGAUGUUCUUGACGCCGCUGCCGUCAAGCGCACCUACACCCAGCUCAUCCAGGCCCAGGAUGCUGUCGGCAAGAAGGUGGAUGCCGCUGAGCGCAUCUCUAAGAUCUUGAACAACCUCAACUCUGAGCUCGGUACCAACUACGGUUUGUUCGAGUACGAGGGUCACGCUGAGGCUGAGCAGGUUUUGGUUGUCUUCGGUUCCACCGAGGCUCGCAUUGCCCGCCGCGCCGCCGCCGAGUUGUCCAAGGCUGGUCAGAAGCUCGGUGUUGUCGUCGUCCGUGUCUACCGUCCCUUCUCCGACAAGCACUUCCUCGAGGCCCUCCCCGCUUCCGUGAAGAAGGUCUCCGUCCUUGGUCAGGUUGCCGACAAGGACGCUGUCGCCCAGGCUUACACACAGUCCGCUCUCUACGCUGACGUUGUUGCUGCUUUGGCCACUUCCUCCGUCAACGCCUCCGUUAAGGAUAUCAAGUACUCUACCGAGAAGGUCUUCACCAUUGGUGACAUCGCCGACUACCUCGGUGCCCCCUCCUUCGACUUCUUCGCUGGCGAAGAGGCCGUUCAGUACGUCCACUGGGAUGUUGACGCCACUGCCACCGCUGCUGCUCCCGCCAAGGUUGCUAAGCUUUUGUCUGAGGUCUCUGGCAAGAACGUCUCCUUCAACGCCGUCUUCGACAACUUGUCCCAGGCUGGUAUCAUCCAGACUGAGAUCCGCUCUACCAAGUCUGUUGUUGAGGCUCCUUUCGCGAUCGAGAACGCCGAUGUCGUUGUUGUUCAGGACGCUAAGAUCUUGAACUCCUAUGAUGUUCUCGGUGCUGCCAAGGAGGGUGCUAAGGUCCUGUUGCGCACCUCUAUCAAGGAUGCUGACUACGAGAAGAAGCUCCCUGCUGGUUUCCGUCGUGCUGUUGCCGCCAAGAAGGCUGAGCUUUACGUCCUCAACGUUGCCGAGCUCGGUGAGAAGUCUGAGGCUUCCGCUGAGACCGACGCUGUUGCUCUUCAGCUUGCUUUCUUGAAGGUUGCGCGCCCUGAGCUUGACCUUGCUGGUGCUGCUGAGAAGGUUGCCGCCCUCAACUCUGAGGACGCCAAGUCCAUUCUUCCCGCUGUCUCCAAGAUCGUUGAGAAUCUUGCCAAGGGUCUCAACAAGGUCGAGGUCCCCGCUACCUGGGCUGAGGCCGAGGUUGCACAGGAGCUCCCCACCACCAUCCGCGCCAACUCUACCGAGGCUAACACUGAGAAGGAGAUCGAGGAGCGUGUUGGUGAGACCUCCAAGUGGCACGAGGCUGCCAAGGGUCUCUUGUUCAAAGAGGCUUACGAGACCAAGGCUUCCAUCCGCCCUGACCUCCCUGAGCGCAACUUCAUCGUCAAGGUUAAGUCCAACAAGCGUCUUACUCCUGCUGACUACGACCGUAACAUCUUCCACAUCGAGUUCGACACCACCGGUACUGGUUUGACCUACGAGAUCGGUGAGGCUUUGGGUGUUCACGCUCACAACGACAGGAAGGAGGUUGAGGACUUCAUCGACUUCUACGGUCUUGACGCCUCUGAGUUGGUUAACGUUCCUUCCCGUGAGGACCCUGCCUACACCGAGACCCGCACCAUCUUCCAGGCUUUGUUGCAGAACAUUGACUUGUUCGGCCGUCCUGGUAAGAAGUUCUACGAGCAGCUCGCUGAGUUCGCCACCGACGAGGCUGAGAGGAAGCAGUUGCUUACUCUUGCUUCUGCCGAGGGUACUACUGAGUUCAAGCGCCGUGCUGAGGUUGACACCAUCCACUACGUUGACUUGUUGCACGAGUUCAAGUCUGCUCGCCCUGCUUUCGGUCAGUUGGCUCAGAUCGUGCCUCCCCUGAAGCGUCGUGAGUACUCCAUCGCUUCUUCCCAGAAGGUCCGUCCCAACCAGGUCGACCUCUUGGUUGUCGCAGUUGACUGGCGUGAUCCUACUGGCCGUGACCGUUACGGUCAGGCUACUCGCUACUUGUCUCGUCUCGAGAUCGGCGACGAGCUCGUUGUGUCCGUUAAGCCUUCCGUCAUGAAGCUUCCUCCCAAGGACACCCAGCCCAUCAUCAUGGCUGGUUUGGGUACGGGUCUUGCUCCCUUCCGUGCUUUCGUCGAGUAUCGUGCUUGGCAGGCGGCUCAGGGUAUCGAGAUUGGAAAGGUCUUCCUUUACCUCGGUUCCCGUCAUCGUCGUGAGGAGUACUUGUUCGGUGAGGAAUGGGAGGCUUACCUCGAUGCUGGUAUCAUCACCAUUCUCGGAUGUGCUUUCUCUCGUGACCAGCCCCAGAAGGUCUACAUUCAGGACAAGCUCGAGGAGAACUUGGUUGAUGUUAAGGAGGCUCUCCUUGAGGGUAACGGAUCCUUCUACCUCUGUGGUCCUACAUGGCCCGUGCCGGCUAUCACCGAGGUCUUGUCUAAGGCUGUUACCAGGAACGGUGUUGAGGAGAUGAAGGAGGAGGGACGUUACGUUUUGGAGGUUUACUAAGCGUAAGGCGUUGGUUGUUUUUCGGGCUGGGUGUUUUUUGUUAUUAUGGAUAGGGACAUGGGG